AUGAGCGCCCAGUACAAUGGCAGUUUGGGCAAGGGUGAGACCCUACCUGAGCUGCCCUGUGCUCAAGAUCAGCAGCUGGAGGGAAAUGCACAAGGACCAGCAUUCAUGGACCCUUCCAGACCACAACAGGGACACAGGGCAGGGCGGAUUAGGGAGGUGAGAUGGGGAGUGCUGAGCAGAGCAGACACCCUUGCCAAAGCAGUGUGUUCCCGCCAGUGCCUGAGGUCCCCGGGACAGGAGGCCAUGUGCCACUGGAAGGACCUCCCAGGCAGCACACUCGCUCUUGGGAAGGGGACACCUGAUCCACAGAUCCUUGGUUUUCUUCGCUUCUUGCAUUUCUUUGCAGGGAUGAAGGCAGAAAUCUUCCUGGGGUUGCUGGCGAUCCUCAGCCUGUUUCAGGCAUCUGUAUCUUCUUCCUGUGGUAUUGUCCUUUCCUCAGAGCUGUCGGACUCAUCCCUCCUGAGCAGCGUGAACGAGGCCAAGCAGCUGGUGAAUGCAGCCUACAAGCGCACACGCGACCACAUAAAGGAGCACCUGCAGAAAGAUGCCUUGACCCCCACAGAGGUUCUGGGAUAUUUUAAAAAGCCAGUGGCGGGGACUCGGGCUGCUGUUCAGGCUGCAGAUUACAUGGAAACCACCCUGACCCUCCUCAAGGAGAAGCUGCGAUGGGCUGUGAGGGGGGACUUCAAUGUCACAGACUUGCUGACACCAGCUCAGCUGGGGCUGAUUUUCAAAGCAAGCGGAUGUGACCAGCAGGAUAAGAAAAUAAAUUGUGCUGCUUCUUGCUGCUACUGAACGAUCACUGGUGAGUGCAAGAACAGGAGAAACCCAUCACUAGGAGCUUCAAACAGAGCCCUGGUCAGAUGGUUGCCAGCAGAAUAUGAGGAUGGCGUGUCAGUCCCCCACCGGUGGACAGAAGGAAAGCGUUUCUCUGGAUUCCCCUUUCCACUGGUUCAACAAGUGUCAAACGAGGUUGUCCGCUUCCCCCCUGGGCAGCUCAGGAUGGACCAGCAUAGAUCACUCAUGCUCAUGCAAUGGGGCCAGUUUAUUGACCACGACCUGGAUUUCAGUCCGGACACCCCAGCCAGAGUCACCUUCAGUGGUGAGGUGGACUGUGACACCAGCUGUGCUAAGCAGCCCCCUUGCUUUCCCAUCAAGAUCCCACCCAAUGACCCACAAAUUAAAAACACAAGAGAUUGCCUUCCUUUCUUCCACUCAGCUCCUGCUUGUACUAGGGGCAGAGCAAUUCGAGGUCAGAUCAAUGCGCUCACCUCCUUUCUUGAUGGCAGCGUGGUGUACGGCAGUGAAGUGCCUUUGGCCAACAAACUGAGGGAUCGGACCAGCCAGCUGGGCUUGCUGGCUGUUAACUGGAAUUUCUCUGAUAGGGGGAAGGCAUAUAUGCCCUUUGACAGCAUGCGGAAGGACCCCUGUCUUAUAGUCAGCCGGGGAGCUAAAAUCCCUUGCUUUCUUGCAGGUGAUUCUUGAGCAAACGAGGUGCUGGAGCUGACGUGCAUGCACACGCUCUUUGUGCGGGAGCACAACCCCCUGGCUAGAGAGCUGAAGAGACUAAAUCCCCACUGGAAUGGAGAGAAGCUCUACCAGGAGGCACGAAAGAUCCUGGGUGCCAUGAUCCAGAUUAUAACCUACAGGGGCUACCUGCCUCUUCUGUUGGGAACCAGUUUCCGGAGAUUGAUUCCUCGCUACUGGGGCUACAAUGAGUCUGUGGAUCCUCGAAUAUCCAAUGUCUUCACCCUGGCUUUUCGUGUUGCUCAUGCUUCAGUUCCUCCAACUGUUGACCGCUUGAAUUAAAAUUACAAGCCCAUAGGUCCCAAAAUUCAACUCAGAAACGCCUUCUUUGCUGUCUGGAGGAUCAUUAAAGAAGGUGGUAUUGACCCCUUUCUACGGAGCCUGAUGGCUAAUCAGGCCAAGCUGAUGACACAGCAGCAAAUGGUCGUGGAUGAGCUCCGGGAUUGGAUGUUUGAGCAGGUUGAAAGGAUUGGGUUUGAUUUACCCGCGCUUAACGUGCAGCGAGAUCAUGGCCUCCCAGGCUAUAACUCCUGGAGACAAUUCUGUGGGCUCUCAUAACCCUCUGGACUGAAGACACCUGCUCGAGUGUUGAGGAAUCGUGGUCUGGCAAAGAAGUUCGUACGGCUGUAUGGGACACCAAAGGAUAUUGACAUUUGGAUUGGGGCACUUGCAGAGCCCUUUGUGAAUGGAGGCAGAGUUGGGCCUCUCAUGGCUUGCCUCGUUGGCACCCAGUUCAGGAACAUUCGUGAUGGGGACAGGUUUUGGUGGCAGAACAGAGGGCUUUUCACUCCUCGGCAGCGCUUUUCACUGGCCAAAAUCUCCUUGUCACGAAUAAUAUGUGACAACACCCACAUCUCUAAAGUACCAAGACAUAUCUUCUGGGCUAACAGAUACCCUUGUGGCUUUGUGAGCUGGAUCCCAAAGCUGAACCUCAGAGCCUGGAAGUCAAAGAGGACCGAGGAAGUUACAGAGCAAGCGUUGCUGUAUUGA